AUGGGUAACGUCACCCCCGAGAGCUCCUUCUUCCUCAUGGGCUUCUCAGAUACCCGAGAGGGUCGGAUCAUGCACGCCCUGCUCUUCUCAGCAGUUUACCUGAUGUCCCUCCUGGGAAACCUGCUCAUCAUCAUUCUCACCGUCGUGGAUCGGCAGCUGCACACACCCAUGUACUUCUUUCUGAAGAACUUAUCCUUGCUUGACCUGUGCCUAAUUUCCGUCACUGUUCCCAAGUCUAUCACAAACUCUCUGCUGAAUAGAAACACCAUUUCAUUCUCUGGAUGUGUUUCCCAGGUUUUUCUCUUCUUUUUCUUAGCCACUACAGAAGUAGCUCUCCUCACAGUCAUGUCCUAUGACCGCUACGUUGCCAUCUGCCAUCCACUCAGGUAUGACAUCAUCAUGAGCCACCAAGCCUGCAUGCAGAUGGCUGCCUCCUCAUGGGCCAGUGGAUGGGUCAAUGCAAUUCUGCACACAGCUGCCACGUUUUCUGUCCCAAUGUGUGAGUUUCCUGACAUUCACCAGUUUUUCUGUGAUGUCCCACAGCUACUUUCCCUGGCCUGUUCUUACAACUUAGGAGAAUUCACAGUCAUUGGGCUCAGCCUGGCAUUGGAUUUUGUUUGCUUUGUGUUCAUUGACAUUUCUUACGUUCACAUCUUCUCUGCUGUACUAAAGAUGCCUUCGAGAGAAAGCAGAACCAAAGCUUUCUCCACGUGUCUCCCUCACCUCACUGUUGUGACUCUUUUUCUCUCGUCUGGGUUUUUUGCCUAUUUACAUCCACUUCCCAAAUCUCCAUCAACUAUAAGUUUGCUAGUUUCAGUCUUCUACACCGUGGUUCCACCUACCAUGAAUCCCCUCAUUUACAGCCUGAGGAAUAAGGAUGUGAAGAUGGCGCUAAGGAGACUGGGAGUGAGUACGUGUUGUUCUUCAGGUUAG